AUUCGGUAAAAUAUUCCUCAUUUAUAAAUAAGCCGCACAUAUUUCACGUUCGUGUAAGUGUAUAGCGUGUCCAGAUGACCAGUUAGCAAUUCACAAUACGAGGGCCCGAUACAGUUGACGGUGGAGAGAGAAAAAAUCGCCAAGAAGCUAUGACAAUACCAGUGUCUCGUCGCAAGACGCUAAUAUUCGAGUAGCGAGUUCAUUCGCUAUUAAGACUCUCAAAAGUGUUAUCAAACACCUUUAUAAAAGUACAAGUAGUUCUCAACUCAGAAAUCGAGCUACGGUAUUAGCUGUACUCAAGACUUAACCUCCAACAUUUCAUCGUUGUAUAAUAUCGUAGAAACCUUACGUAAAAAGUGAAUCUUUUUCAAUACAGCCAGUUAUGGAAAGCAACGGCGGCUUAGUUAGGGUGAAGGAGGAGCCGAAAGAUACUUCACCACAUACAAGCGACGAUUAUAUUUUCGAUCCGGUAGACUUUUGCGAAGUCAAACACUUCGAAUCAUUCACGUUUUGUGAAUCAUCGGCAAAUCACACAAGCGAGGUUACGCAGUUACAGGAUGAGUUGGAUAGAAAAAUAUUGUCAGAUUUUGACUACAUCGAUGUUAAAUCUGAACUGCAGUCUUUAUCAACAACCGACUGCAAAUCUAAGUAUCAGAGUUAUUCACCUAUUGUAAAAAUAGAAAACGAAAAUCAUACCAACGACAUACUUAGUGAAAAUAUGCCCACUGAUUUUGAGUGUAAGAACGUUGAACUACAAGAGCAAUAUAUACCGACCAGCAGUUGCCAAACUGAGUAUAAAAAUUGUCUACCUAUUGUAAAAGAAGAAAAUCAAAAUAAUUAUAAUCAUUUUAAUGAUAAAGAUCAGUUAAUUUUGAUAAAAAACGAAAUCGAUGAUAAAAAUAGUCAAGUUCAAGAAAAUUCUCAAUUGAAAAUUAAAGAAUAUAAGAAAGUGAAAAAAUCAAGUAAAACUUCUAAAGCCAAAAUAUCUCAUGAGUGUCAAACCUGUCAAAAAACUUUUAAAGGAAAAGCGACUUUAAAUACACAUAUCAUUUUGGCUCAUAAGGGUAUCAGACCCUAUGAAUGUAUGAUUUGUCAUACAUCAUUUAAACGCCAGGAUCAUCUCGAAAUUCACGUAAGAGGAGUUCAUGACCAUAACAAGCCCUUUGAAUGUGAGAUUUGUGAUCAAACAUUUUCAUACAUAAGUGGUCUUCAAAAUCAUGUGAGUGUAGUACACGAUCGUAACAAACCCUUUGAAUGUAAGAUUUGUCACAGAUCAUUCGGUCUAAAAAGUAACCUCAAUUCUCACGUAACCGUAGUACAUGAUCGUAUCAGACGCUUCGGAUGUGAUAUUUGUCACAAAACGUUUGGAGAAAAAAGGAACCUCAAAUCUCACAUAAGUGCAGUUCAUGAGCUUAAAAAACCCUUCGAGUGUAAAAUUUGUCAUAAAUCAUUCGGUUACUCGAAUAAACUCAAAAAUCACGUAAGUUCAGUUCAUGAUCGAAAAAAACCUUUUGAAUGUGACAUUUGUCAUAAGUCAUAUAGCCGCAAAGAUCACCUCAAAACUCACAGAAAUACAAUACAUACUUCCGCGAUUAUUUGAACACACUACAUGAAUUUUGCUUAAUUAAUAUGAAUGCGUUUUUAAACCAGUAAGCCUUAAACAUUCCUAAAUAUCAAUGAUACAUCACAAACGAACUA